ACAGCACAGCAGACUCCGAGAAUAAACAAUUCACACAGACCGACUACACGCUGCCGCCGCCGCUGCUGCUGCUGCUCACCUAAACCCGAGCUCCUAAAAGACGAGGCGUCUAUUAUUUUUGUUGUUGUUGUUUUCGGACUAACACAUCGAUUCGUAUGUAUGUUUUUUUUUCCUCCAAGUAUCGUUGUCAAAGGCUGCGUCGCCGCUUCUGUUUUGCUGCCUGAGGUGUCAAGACUAGAUGCGACCGUUUUCAAUGGAUUUGCCUGUCGAAUAAUAACGAUGCGUCUCUCCGGCUGACUGUGGGGUGGACAACGCAGAUCCAGUUCAAGGGCGCCUGCAGGCGAGGCAGCUCUCGCUCUUGCCGUGCCAACACUGCUGCUCAAGGUCAUAUGAGCCAGCACUGUGACAUUAAAGAGGAACAGGAAAAGGGGAACUGUGCAGGAGGGGGAGCAGAAAAGCCAUCAACCACAGACAUGCACACAAACACAGAAUGGAGUUGUAAGGAGAAAGGAAAAAAGGUCCCCCAUGUGAGAGCCGCAAAGCUGAAAGGCGCCAUUGACAGUACCACAUCCAGGCCUAAGGAGAGAUAUCCCAAACAUCCACAGCCACGGAAUGUGUCAACAUCUUUGUGGUGAAAUCCCGCUGACUCCUCACUUGCUACUCACAUAAGCCUGGAGCUGGGUCUUCUGGGAUUCUACAGUGUUUAAAAGGCAUACAACAAUGCCUGGGAGGCCCCCCUGCCCCAUUUUGCCUCCAAAUAUGACUACUGUUUUUGCACAGUGCUAACUGUGGUCACUACGGAGAGGGAUCACCUUCUGGCCAGUGAUUCUUUCAGCAGUGUGCAUACUGUUCAAUUCCUUGCCUUCUUUUUGUCAUUUAACAAGUACAUACCACUGUCUACCAGAUGACCUAGUGGACAUUUGUUUCCCAGUAGCUGUGCUGAACCACAUCAGAGGAUCUUAGUAUUGAACAUGACUCAUGGGGAGGAGCCUGGCCCUGAGACACACAAGGAUUCAGCUGUUCUAACUUAUCUGGAAGGUUUACUAAUGCAUCCAGUGGUGGCCGGGCCUGGGGCCACGGCAAGUGGGAGGUCAGAGGCUUCCCACAGUAAUCAGGAUCAAGGUGACAAAGUGGGCAGGCCCUACCAGCUGCCCAACCAUGGCCCGACAGCUCCCAAGACUGGAACCAAUGGUCCCACACUAGGCUCUACACAGCACCUGAAAAAGGCCCGUCUACUGCGCUCUGGAGCUUGGAAUGAUACAGGAAACCAGCGAACGAGUUCAUCCCCAAUGGAACUGAAUGGCCAAGGGGGUGGCCUGCAAAAUGGAGCACUAGAGGGGUCUCCUCAUGCAGGUGAAAGCACCCUGUUGGCUUCACUGCUUCAGUCGUUCAGCUCACGUCUUCAGAGUGUGGCAAUGUCUCAGCACCCUAAUAAGCCCCCCAGCGAGUGUUCCUCUCCACCAAAGGCACCACCUGCAGACAAAGACCCACCCCCUGUGUAUGGGACAGCCUCAAGUCGCUUGAAGGGCCUAGUGAGAAAGGGCAAACUUCAGAAUCACAGCAACACACCUUACAGUCGACGGGGACACAAUCAGGAGAGACCCCCAGAAUCACCUCGGUCAGCACACAGUGCCACGCCUCCUGCAUCGACGGCUACUGAUUCAGUGUCUUGUGCGGAGCGUCUGAAGGCGGUGGCUAACAUGGUGAAAAUCCGUUCCAGUCCCGCACCAUCACCCAAGCCCAGUGUAGCCUGCAGUCAACUGGCUUUGCUGCUUUCUAGUGAAGCACAUCUUCAGCAGUACUCCAGAGAGCAUGCGCUCAAAGCUCAACUCUCAGGAAGGUCUGCCAGUGAAAGAUUAGCUGCCAUGGCAAACCAGCAGCAUGGCCAGGACAAAAGACCAUCAAGUGUGGGAGGGACUCUGCCUGGAGCUGUAGACGCCAUCAGCUCCUUAACUACUCAAAACGGAAUGACGGCAACAAACACAAUAACAACAACACUCUCUCGAACACCCUUGUCAAGUCCACAGAGCCCCUCUUUGCUACGUGGCCAUAGCCAAAGCUCCCCGGCCACUCCCCCAAAUGCUCCAAACAUCACACACAGCCAACCACCUAGGGAGAAGCGAGGGUUUGACUCACGUCCAACCCGUCCCCCCCAAACAUGCAGCAGCUUGCUCCUCCUGUUACUAAACAACCAUAACAACCAGAAGCAGCUGACAAAAAAUGGGCACCUGGAAGAUAGCUGUGGCCUUUUGCCACCAAGCAGAUCCUCUUCAGUCACAUCAGACAGUGAGUGCUCUACGCAGGAGAGGAGCCUGACCAAGGACAGUAGUGAUGCAGAGAGUUCCUACUCAAGUUGCUCCCCGAUCGACCUGUCCAUGAGAAACCGGGCCAACACACAAGACACAGGGCCCAAAUGUAAUAUUCCCUCCUUCUCCUCCUCCUCUUCCACCUCUACCCUCUCUUCUUCCACGACAGUGUUUUCCUCCACCCCAGUUUCGUUCUCUCCUCAAGCUUCAACUCAUGCCUCCACCUCAACUUUCUCACCAUCUCCUACCGUUAUCUCUUCUGUUUCCAAUGCUACCUUCUCAUCUUCCUCUAUCUCUACCUCCUCCCUAGACAAACUAACAGAAACGUUACUAAACAAGUGGAAGCCAGAGGCAUCAGGAUCAACUUUGACCAGAAACAAGGAGUCUGAAAUGAGCCCAGACCCAAAAUCCCACCCUAAGGUCACACUUAUGCAGCUGCUUCUUGAGCGCAGAAAUAAUGAGAUGACUAACAAAGGUGUGAGUAACCAGGAUUCACCAGUCGAUAUAACUAUGGCCACCAUGUCUCGAAGCCAAUCAAAGGGACAAGUGUCUUGGGAGGAGACCAGGACAAGAAGCCCGACAGAUAGACCUGCAGCCCCAGCCCAGCCUCUCUACUCAGUUAACCGCGACCCUGGUGGUGCACUAUCCCCAUACUCCUAUCCCUCCCCUCAUGUCCAGUCCAGUCCAUUGGACCUGUGUAAAUCUAAAACCUUCCCUGCUGAGAAGGCCUCUGAGCCUGCCUUCAGUGCCAGUAAACUGUUGCAGAAUUUGGCUCAGUGUGGCACAGCUUCUUCUUCCCCACCCAUUCCCUCCAGCAAAGUACUGGGCCAGGAACCUGAUGCCAGCAGGCCCCUUGCUCUAUUGGAAAGGCUCAAUACUCCAAUCCACAGGACCUCCACCACUCCACUCUCUGACAGACCCUCAGGCAGUGGCACGCCUUUCAGUCAAAAGGAAGCCUCUCCUCCUUCUCAGAUUGAGAAUCUUCUGGAGAGGCGCACUGUGCUGCAACUCCUUCUUGGAACAGGCUCAGCUAGUGCAACGAGCAACCGCAAAGAUAGGCCCAGUGGAAGGAGGAGUGUGGAGGUGACAGGGGGAUGCUAUGAGAAGGGCGCUGGUGCCUCCUUCAUCUGUGACACCUCCAACGGACCCCCUUUGGAUGUAAAGGUCAAAACAGAGAUCACAGAGGGGGUGGGACCAUCCUCUGCCAUGUCUGAGGACUUGAGUGGCAGAAAGAGACCUAGUGGCUAUGAGAAGAAUAGUCCCCUCUCUGAUUUUCAGCAGGACUUUAAAACAGAACCCCGGCCAGCAGAGGUCAUUGCAAAAUAUGGCCUCCUGAGCCAGCUGCUUAAACAAAAGACUGCUACCUACUAUACCAAUGUUGCUAUGCAGACUGAGUCUCAGCCCAGACAGGUUAAAGAGGAACAGAAGGAGUAUCCAAGCCCCAGUCCUAAGAAGAGACGCCUCUGCUCUGAUCGGACUGAUAGUUUGACUAAUACCAGCUGUCCAGGAGCAGUAGACAGUGUUGAUACAAACAUUUUUGCUUCCUCUGCUGACCCUGACCAGCAGAGGAGUCUGAAGGAAGAGGAGGCUCCAGCCAGGAGCCCUCCAAGUGAAACCCUUGCCAGAGAGAGCCGGGGCUUCAAUGUGCUAAAACAGCUGCUUCUCUCUGACAACUGCCUGAAGGAGCUGUCCCAGCACCCCCGGGGGGGCCCCAGCCCUUCCAGCCUACAGGCCAAUGGCAAGGCCAAUGGCAGAAUUCUCAGUCAGCCUGCCCAUAAUCACAGCUUUGUCCACGUACCUGGAUGGAACCCCCAUGGCUCCCUCAACUCAGGGCUUCAGAGCAAUCUAAGACCACUGCCCACGCCCCCUGCAGGUGACAGCCCUAUCUGCACACCAUGGAGCCGCCACCCAGCGCCAUGGCCUGUCGCUCAAAAACGAGACCCUCCGACUCUCGUCAAGCAGGAGCCCGAGAGCCCUGUGCGAUGGGGUAGUAAGGAGGAAGAGGAGGAGGAGGGUUGUGACUCGAACUUGGACUCCCCUCGGCUGUCACGUUCCAACCCCAUCCUGUAUUACAUGUUGCAGAAGGGCAGUAUUCAGCUGAGGAAAGAGAUGCGAGAGCAGACAGAAGGGACACAGUCUGUGGUCAAGGUAAAAGAGGAGCCAAUCAGUGACAUGCAUGCCUAUGAACACAGUCUCAGCUCCACCCCACAAUUACCCACCCACAAUGACAAGCACAGCCACGAGAGCCAAGAGCUGAGCUAAUCAUUUGAGAACUUGUAUCAACUACAGAAAAAUAACAAGUGGAAAACAAAUUGACUCUUUUUUUCUUUUCUUCUUCUUCUUCUUUUUUUUGGUUUUUAAAUAAACUUGCCAAAUUGGUUUUAUGAGACAUAUAACAAAGAAUGCAAAACUCAAAAACAGGUCUGUCUUAGCGAAAUGUUUAAUUGAUACGACAUAAACUACACAUCUGUCUCAAGUUUUAACCUUUACCGUCGGUUAUUAUCAUGCACUACAUUUUGUCCCAUACAAAGUCCUCCGUUGCAGUUUGCCCUGGUUUUAUACUGAAAUGCACACAUAUCACUAUCUACGUCUUCUUUGUAGCCUGCCCUUAAACAUUCAGAGAGAACAUUUCGUUUAUAAUGAACGACUCCAAAAAUGUUUGCGCUCACUUCAGUGGACAUUUAGUAUUUAUUUUCUCCAUCAGAACAUUUUUUUAGAAAGACAAAGUCUCAUUAAUUUUAGAUAAGAUUUCAAACAGUGUCACUCUAGAGCAGUCUAUUACAAGAAUGUACACAACACAUUAAUUCAGGGGAGGAAGUUGAAAAUAUCCGCACUGGUAAAGCUUCAGUGAAGAUCCGACCAUGACAAAUGCUUUGUCUUGCUCUCUCUAAAGAUUCAUGGUGUGGUGAGAUAACCAAUGAAGUGAUAAUACAUCAGCGGAGGUUUGAAUGGUCACAGCUCACCGUGUUUUAUUUUGUUUGUUUUUUUUGCUUUUAAUUGCAAUGAAUUGAACUUCUAAGGCCGAUAUUCAACAGUGCAAAUUCAGGGUAAUGAUGUUUGUGCAGUUCUGAGCAGAUGGGUCAACAGAGCAUGUGUGGAGCUUACAGUUGAGCAACUGCGUGUAAACAGGUUUCUGGAGCAACAGUUAAAAGGUUGCAGUGUCUGAGAAACUUAUCUCACCAUCCUAAACCCACACCACUGUUUUUUUGUUUUUGUUUUUUUCAUGCACACAAAAACUUUUGAGUGUGAAGCACAUUGGCUUUUUCUUUCUAUUUCACCCAGAGUUUGCACUUUUGAAGCCGAGUUCUGUCCGUUUUUUCAGAAUAAUUUUAUGGCAUGUAAUUAAGAAAUGUCAGUGUUGUUAUCUGUUGAGAAUUUGACAGUUGGUGAUUUUAGUUUUUUCUUCUCUUGUUUUUUUUUUUUUCAUCAUUUCUUAACUGUUGUGGUUUAUGGACAUCUUUUAUUUCUGUGGCCCUCUCUCUCUCUCUGUCUCUUAAACUCAUAAAAUGUCAAAAGAAUUGCAUGAUAAUGAAGAGAAGACCACAGGUACAUCUUCUGUUUUUACAUAGCGGCUGGAUAUGUGUACCCGCCCUGAAACAAUCACCGAGACAUGUUGGUGUCUUGAGGGACAUCUGGUAUCUAGCUCCUUAUUUUCUGAUUGUACUGUAUUUUGUUUUUUUUUUUGUUUUCCACACACACACACUGCUUUAUCCAUUUUAGUCUUGUGAUCUUUUUAAUACAUAUACCUAUGAAGUGUGUCUCUUCGAUUAUUAUAAUACAUUUUCACAACGGUUAAAUAUAUUUGUGUAAAUAGUACUUUCAGUAUGAAAGAUGACUAUUUUGUAAUGUUUAAGAAAAGAUAUGACCCUAGUUUUUAAUGCCCUGACAUGUAAAUAUGAAUUAUAUGCGUACAAGUGUACAUACAAAGGCAGAGGAUGUUAUGCCCAUCUUUUUUUCGGUUGGUUUGUUCUUUGCAUGUGUCUCUAUGUGGUAAAUGAUAAUCUAUCCUGCGCUGUGUUGUGUAAUAAUGUCUGACUCCUCACUGCUGCCUGUUGCAUGCAGACGCAUGGGAACUACCUGUGUAUCCCUACUGGUGAUGGGGGGAAAUGUCAAGUCUUAAAAUAGGUCUUUCUUUCUUUCUUUUUUUUUUUUUUAUCACAGAGAGCGGUUCAUUUAGAAUAUGAUCAGUCUCUAAAUAACCACAGGCUGUCGAGCAAGUUGAUAGAAAUGUGUGAAAAAUAAAUGUGCAUUGAAUAUUUUGUGAUUUUUUUUUUUUUUUCUGUUACUGGUUAACAAAGCUCCGUGAAGGAGCUCGAGUUGGGGGGCGGGCGGGGGCGGAGGGAUGGGGUGGGGAUUGACGUACAAUCAUAGAUCUGCAUUGUGCAUCUAAGAAAUACAUUUGUAGCAGCGAAUAUAUUAAAAAAAAAAAGAUGUUUCAUGAAGACCUGAAGCAUUUCAUUUUUUUUUUAUGUUUUCAUUUUUGGUGUUCAUUUGCACUGAUAUCUCAAAAAUAAAGUACUAAAAUGCA